GCGAAAACAAACAGCUGGGGCUGCGAGCGCCCCCGCCCCGGCCCCAAGAGCACGCCGGCCCCGGCCCCCACCCGGGGCGCCCGUCUGCCCACCAUGAGGAAGAUCCGCGCCAAUGCCAUCGCCAUCCUGACCGUAGCCUGGAUCCUGGGCACUUUCUACUACUUAUGGCAGGACAACCGAGCCCACGCAGCAUCCUCAGGCGGCCGGGGCGCGCAGAGGGCCGGCGGGAGGCCGGAGCAGCUCCGCGAGGACCGCACCAUCCCGCUCAUUGUGACAGGAACUCCCUCGAAAGGCUUUGAUGAGAAGGCCUACCUGUCGGCCAAGCAGCUAAAGGCUGGAGAGGACCCCUACAGGCAGCACGCCUUCAACCAGCUGGAGAGUGACAAGUUGAGCCCGGACCGGCCCAUCCGGGACACCCGCCAUUACAGCUGCCCGUCUGUGUCCUACUCCUCGGACCUGCCGGCCACCAGUGUCAUCAUCACCUUCCACAACGAGGCCCGCUCCACCCUGCUGCGCACGGUGAAGAGUGUCCUGAACCGAACUCCUGCCAACUUGAUCCAGGAGAUCAUUUUAGUGGAUGACUUCAGUUCAGAUCCGGAAGACUGCCUACUCCUGACCAGGAUCCCCAAGGUCAAGUGCCUGCGCAAUGACCGGCGAGAAGGGCUGAUCCGGUCCCGAGUGCGUGGGGCGGACGUGGCUGCAGCUACCGUCCUCACAUUUCUGGAUAGUCACUGCGAAGUGAACACCGAGUGGCUGCCGCCCAUGCUGCAGCGGGUGAAGGAGGACCACACCCGCGUGGUGAGUCCCAUCAUUGAUGUCAUCAGUCUGGAUAAUUUUGCCUACCUUGCAGCAUCUGCUGACCUUCGUGGAGGGUUCGACUGGAGCCUGCAUUUCAAGUGGGAGCAGAUCCCUCUUGAGCAGAAGAUGACCCGGACAGACCCCACCAGGCCCAUAAGGACGCCUGUCAUAGCUGGAGGAAUCUUCGUGAUUGACAAGUCCUGGUUUAACCACCUGGGAAAGUAUGAUGCCCAGAUGGACAUCUGGGGAGGAGAGAAUUUUGAGCUCUCCUUCAGGGUGUGGAUGUGUGGUGGCAGUCUGGAGAUCGUCCCCUGCAGCCGGGUGGGCCAUGUCUUCAGGAAACGACACCCCUACAACUUCCCUGAGGGUAAUGCCCUCACCUACAUCAGGAACACCAAGCGCACUGCAGAAGUGUGGAUGGAUGAAUACAAGCAAUACUACUAUGAGGCCCGGCCCUCGGCCAUCGGGAAGGCUUUCGGCAGUGUAGCGACGCGGAUAGAGCAGAGGAAGAAGAUGAACUGCAAGUCCUUCCGCUGGUACCUGGAGAACGUCUACCCAGAGCUCACGAUCCCUGUGAAGGAAGUACUCCCUGGCAUCAUUAAGCAGGGGGUGAACUGCUUAGAAUCUCAGGGCCAGAACACAGCUGGUGACUUCCUGCUUGGAAUGGGGAUCUGCAGAGGGUCUGCCAAGAACCCCCAGCCCGCCCAGGCAUGGCUGUUCAGUGACCACCUCAUCCAGCAGCAGGGGAAGUGCCUGGCUGCCACCUCCACCUUAAUGUCUUCUCCCGGAUCCCCGGUCAUACUGCAGAUGUGCAACCCUAGAGAAGGCAAGCAGAAAUGGAGGAGAAAAGGAUCUUUCAUCCAGCAUUCAGUCAGUGGCCUCUGCCUGGAGACGAAGCCUGCCCAGCUGGUGACCAGCAAGUGUCAGGCUGACGCCCAGGCCCAGCAGUGGCAGCUGUUGCCACACACAUGACGGAGGGAUUUUCUUGAAGUGUCAGCUAUCGCACUGGGCUGGGAGGCUGGCUGUGGCUCCUGUUUGUGUAGAGAACUCCCAGUUCCUUUUCACAGCCGCUGAGAACACAUUCGCACAUCUACCCCAUGGCCUCGUCUUGGAACUGCUCCUGCUAUCCCUGCGUCCUGCUUCCCUUGCCCCACUGGCUCUUGGGCAAAGGAUUGUUGGUACCAGGACCCUGGGGGUCUCCCCUACAAAGCAGACCAGCCUGGGGCAGAUAUACCUACCACAGGAGCCCCCUGUCUUUCAUAGGCCAAGGAUCUACACACCUGUAGAGUUCAUGGAUUCCAGAAGGUCUAGGAAUCUCCUGAAAUUGUCCCUAAAAUACUGCAUGUGUGUGCGUACAUGCAUUUUCCUGGGGAAAGAGUCCAUGGCUUCUAAAAGAGGUCCCUGAUCCCCAGAGAGCCUGAACCUCUGCUCUGGAUUGAAGCCACUGCCUGCCCAAGCUGCCACCCCCAAUCUUCCUCCCUGGUGUGCUCAAACUGCCAUCGCCUGUUCCCUCCACACGGCCCUUGGGGUCGGCAGCCGAGUGUCUGGUCCACAGCACCUGCUCUGGAGGGCUUUCCAGCAGUUUCACCUCCUGACUCUCACCAGCGUCCUCUCGGCAGCGCUCCCAUGCCCGAGUGCACACCCCUGGACUUGCCAGCACGGGGCCCUUUGCCCCCAGGGCCACGCUUUGCCCGUCCUCUGUCGUGAUGUUUCUUCCACAGCCAGGUGCAGCCUCAGAUCCCCUGUUCAUCUGGGAAGCCUCCAGCCACAGCUUAGGACAGAACCGGGCCCAGGGCAAAGGCCUCUCCCCAGAGGAUGGACUAGAAGGCCUGGGCCACACUCGGGCAUGGACCUUUGGGGCUGGGGAGUGGGGGCUUCUCCUCUUGAAUGUAAGAGGACUGCUGGCCAGGGGGCCUUCAAAAGGGUCUCUCCUUUGCUGUGGUCAGAUCAGGCUCUGCACUUAUCAGCCAGUCCUUUGUGGCGACUCAGCCCUAUUCUGUCUUUGCUUUUCCUCUUCUUGACCAAAGCAUGUGCCACUAGCUGUCCUUGAGGACCUCGUCUUUAUGAAACACACACCUGGAAUAAAACCACUUCUUACAUGUC